CUUGCUAAUAAUGUCCAACAGUCAAGUAGCAAAUCAAAAUCCGUACUUCGUUGAUUGGGUUAAAUUGAUGGAAGAAAGUGAUGAUGAUUUUGAUGAUCAAGAUCAAAAUUCAUUGAUUAACGAUUUUAGCUCUACAUUGAAAUGCUCAGACGAAUUUGAAUCUUGUGGAUCUCAAACUGACGGUUCGAAAAUCUUCUCAUCAAAAACUCCAGAUUCUCCAGCUUCCGAAAUCGAAAAAACCUAUACAAGUGAAUCAGACCAAUUAAUGAAUAAUAAAUUUGAAGUUGAAAUUUUCAACCACGAAGAAAUCGAAAAUGAUAUCGAUUCUGGAUUGGGUAUUUCUUCUGGUUUAGACGUAUCAUCUAGUCGUCCUGAUGAUAUUAAUGCAGCUAUUGCCCCUCGAGAACUUUUAGAUGUCGAUACUAACAACAGCGGUGUAGAUACACAAACUACUCCCAGAUUAAAAAGACCGUUGCGGGAAAUUACUUUCUAUCGAAGCAAUCAUACUCGAUCAUAUAGUCCAGCAAGUUCAACUUGCUCAUCAUUGGAACGUCCACGAAAAUCCACACGAUUCAAUCAUAAUAAGUGUGUUGAAUUUGAAACAGAUCCUGAAGUGGUCAAAAGACGACAAAAACAAAUAGAUUAUGGCAAGAAUACGAUCGGUUAUCAGAACUACAUAAGUAAGUUGCCGAAAAAUCGUCGCAAAAAAACCGAUCUCAGUACACCAAAUAAAUUUGUUAAAUACAGUCGUCGUUCAUGGGAUCAACAAAUCAAAUUAUGGCGUCUUCGCUUGCAUGAACAUGAUCCUCCGGAAAUAAUCCGCAAAACUGAACAACCGCAUACUUCACUCGAUAUUGUGGAUGACCAAAAUGUUAACAAAGUGAACCGAAAACUCGAAUUCGAUCAAGCAUUGACUAUCAAUGACGAAAACAAUUCUCAAUCAGCAUCGACAUUAGACUACAAUUCUGAUUUAAAUCUUGAUAUUUCCGAUAUUUUACAAUUAUAAUUUUAGACUUAAGCUUCAAACUUUCAUCAUCAUUAUCCAGUAUUUAUCAA